GAUAAAAUAUUCAUUUCUAACUAGAUUUAUAUCUGACUCGUAACAAGCUGCGUACGUGCUAAAUUAAUGCAAAAAUAUUGCGUUGUUUUUCAACACAUUCCCUUCUAUCGACGUUUCUCUGAGAGAUAUAAAUCACGUAUUCCGAAUUCGAUCGCUCGUAUUUCGAUUAUGUCGACUGUUUGCUCGUUCCCUUUAUACGAAAAAUCACAAAAAUAGUUUUGCAAAAAUAUUUUUACCCUGAAUUCGUAGCGUUCGAUGUCGUUUGCAUGAUGACAGUAAUAUAUUACGUCAGAAAUCUGCAGAAUGGCAGACGUCAACGUUUGAUGAGCCGCAGUAGAUAAAUCAAAAUGUCUGAAAUGGUAAAAACGUGCUCAGUGAAUUUGUUAUGUCGCACACGGCGUCGAUGAUAGAGUAUCGUUAUCGAUGAGCGAGAUAACGAUCGUUCAGAACGUCCAGCAGAAAUAGCAUCGCAUUGCUACCGGGCUUUAGUAUCGCGCGAGCCGUGAAGGUGGAUUAAAAGUCAUACUUACAUAAAGGGAGCAUGCAAGAGGACGAAGAUGACGAUCCCGCUCAUGGUUGAGUUCUCGACGGACCGCUAAACUAAAUCGUCGAUCAUCCGACUACAAUCCCGCUGACGAUUCUAAUUUCGAUCCUAGUUCUGUUAAAAUAAAGAAUAAGAGAGACAACUGAGAGAUAUAAAAAAGAUAAGCCGAUAAGAGAUAAUAGAAAAAAAUUUUUCGUCGCGACUACCGUUGAUUACUGAAGGCAGGAUGAAAAUGAUCGUAGAGACCAAAGGAUGCGUAAAAAAAUAAGUGCGAGUCAUUUGAUAUGGAUGAAACUCGAAAAGAGUAGAGUUGGCUAAGCGGAUAAAGGAGAGUGAAGAACUGAGAGAAAAAGGUAGUAAGAAUUGAGGGAAUUUUAUUUUUUUCGUGAAAAUUGCAGUCAUUGACGGUACGACGCGCGUAUCGAGUGUAAAAAGAGGCUAACUUUGUGAAAAAUAGAAAAAAAAGAGGGGACUGGAAAAAAACGCAGACAGACAUUCCACUUGUGAAGAAGAAUUUGAAUAUUAGUAUUCAGGUAUAGCAAGCAGGUUUUAUUUUUUUUUUUUGUUUUAUCUUUUUCUUUAUUAGUGCUGGGAAAUACCUGAUUAUACAUUGGCCACGUGGACUGGCUACAAUCAAGAUAAGCUCUUAGCAAUAAAAAGAGAAAGCUAGAUGUGAGAAAGAAGAGAAAUGAAAUUUCAAGCGAGUGGAAAACGAUUGAAACGUAAAAAAGAUGAAACGCAUUAAUGCAGAAAAUUUAUUUUUACAUAGAUUGAAUCUACAUAGAUUGAAUUUAUAUAGCUUUUUUACACAGAUUAAAUUUAUUACAGAGAUUGACUUGUUGACGAAUGAUAAAGAUAAUAUUUUUAAUUCUCUUCUCGAAGAAACUAGUGAAGAAAUAAGGAAAAUUAUAAAAGUUCAGAAGGAACAAAAAUAAGCGGAGUAAGUUUAGAAAACCUGAACAGUGUUUUUUAACGCAGACAAAAGAUGAAGAAAGAAAAAAGCGGGCGUGGAGAGGUGAAGGACAACGGAAUUAGCAUAAUUAAAGCAUGAAAUUUCCGAUGACUGUGAACUAAUCGCAAAUAGAAUCGGUUCUCAACGGAGAAAAAGAGACAAUAAACAAGGAAGAAAAAGGACAAACGAAAAAAACUUUGUCGAUGAAAGAUCCUCGAUAAGAUGUCAAAUUUCUAUUGAUCGUCUUGAUCGAAAUAAGUAUAAUUAGUUUUAAAAAAAAGAUAAAAAAAAAACCAGUAAAGAAGAUUGAAGAAAAUAAAGAAAAAGAAGUAGAAAACUUUAAAAGUGGAGAACAACUGAGAGAACAACUGAUUAAGUGACGUGAAAAAAUUAAGGAAUUGAAACAUGAACGCGCGUUUGCACGAGAUGGCAGCAGAAAGAGAAAAAGAAGAAGAUGAGACGAGGGAGGAGGGUGGAAACAUCAUUCUUGGCGACGGUCAUCAACAGCGAGGUCGUUGCUCCGACCUUCCCGACGACUGGAUCGGCAAGGUGUCGGGUUACACUGGUGUCGAUGCGCAUCACAUGGCGAGAGGAAGCGAGAUCGAUUUCCCGUCGCGCGAAUUGUUGAAACCACCGCUGCCGCCGUCGUCUUAUGGUCCAGCGAUCACGUUUAACAAUGUCUUACCCGACACUAUUGUCGUACCCUCUCCCAGUAUUACGUCACACGUUGGUGAUAAUGCUAGAUCACGAGCUUGCGAUAUCGAGACGACAUCUUGCUCCACGAUGAGGUUUCCUUAUGUGCCUGGUGCGAUUUGCAACGUGACAUGUAGUAAUGCACCAGCGAUGACGUGCAAUGUCACUCCAGCGAGUGCUGACGAUCCGGAGACAACGUGGUUCCGCAACGAAGGUCACUUGGUCGAGCCACAGUCGGGGGUUUGCACGGCGAACACGAUGAAAAUUUGCCAGCUGGGCUCAAUUGACGUCGAGGAUCUCGCAAUGUACUUCGAUUCACCGACGGACGGCUGCAAGCCACCCUCGUUGGGUAAUCGAGCGAUCUAUUCGAAGAAAUCGCGGUACGGACAGGUCGCAAGGAUGGACCAGUCUCAGGAGCAUCACCGCGAUGAUCUGAAUUUCCGUGAUCUACCUUCUUGCGAUCUAACACCUAGCGAUCUAGUACCCAAUAAUCUACAAACUUGCGAUAUGGGACCCAAUACACUGGGGUAUUGCGAUCUGGGGAACAACGAUCUACGGCUUCGUAAUUCAGGAUACGAUGGCCCGCCAUUUUGCGAUCCAAGACUUGGCGAUCCGCGAUUUUGCGGUAUUAGGCUGUCCGAGGAGCAGCCCCGUGAACCAGGACGACACAAUCUGGGACGAGGCGACCCGGGACUGGGCAAUUGGUUCUGCAACGACUGCCCGGAACUGUUCAAUUUCUGCAGCGAGGAACGGUGGCUGCAGUGCCCGGCGAGCGAUCGCUGUCCCUUUUAUGACACUUCGUAUGCUUACGAUGUGCCUGUUUUACCGCCAUGUAUGUACGAGAAUGGUUACAACGAUAAUUGGCAUUACGACAAUGCGGAGGACGAACAACUUCUCGAGAAUUACUUGAGCAACGAGAAGAGAAAGGAAAGGUCUCGCGAUGCAGCGCGUUGUAGACGUAGCAGAGAAACCGAUAUCUUCACUGAACUUGCGGCUGCUCUUCCGGUCGCGCCGGAACAAGCAGCGCUCUUAGAUAAGGCCAGCGUAAUGAGGUUAGCGAUUGCUUACCUCAAAGUCCGAGCUGUCGUGGAUUCCAUUCCAGUUACACUGACAAAAUCCGAGUCGUCCACAAAGAUGGAUGAAUUAUUUCCAAAAGCUCUCAACGGCUUUAUGUUAGUACUCUCUAGUGACGGCAACAUGGUCUAUCUUUCAGAGAAUGUCAGAGACUAUCUCGGAGUGUCACAAAUGGAUAUGAUGGGACAAAGUGUAUACGAAUACAGUCAUCCCUGCGACCAUGAUGAAUUGCGUGAGUGCCUGUCUUCGAAGUCGGCGGAUAACAAUGAGAAACGUACCUGCAACUUCUUCUUGCGACUCAAAUGUACUCUCACUAGCAAAGGCAGGAAGGUCAAUCUGAAGAGCGCUUCUUACAAGGUGAUUCACUGCACUGGCAGAUUGACAAACAUCCGCGACUCAAACUCGAACUCUAUGGAAGUUGAUAAUGAAGAGCGACGCAAAGAGGAUGAGGACGUGGGACAAGACACAGGCACUUCUCUAGUGCUCGUAGGUAGUCCUAUACCUCAUCCUAGUAAUAUUGAGAUACCUUUGGGACGCCAUACCUUUUUAUCGAAGCACAAUCUUAGCAUGAAAUUUACCUACGCUGACGAAAAAUUAGCCGAAUACUUGGGCUGGAGCAGUGAAGAGCUGAUGGGUCGAUCAGUCUUUGAGUUUUAUCAUGCACUUGAUAAUCUUGCGCUGGACAAAUGUUUUAAAUGCCUGUUCAGCAAGGGCCAGUGCGAGACCGUAGCGUACAGAUUCCUUGGCAAGCGAGGCGGUUACGCCUGGGUUAUUACCCAGGCCACCCUAAUCCACUGCUCCAAGCAGCAGAAGCCAAUCUCUGUCGUCUGUGUCAACUACAUCCUAAGUGGGAUCGAGCACGAGGAUGAGGUAUACAGCGUGCGCCAGCUGGCCGCGCGUGACAACGACGCCAAUUUGGUGAAGAUAGAGAAAUCGUUGCCGGUUUUGGUGCCGACCGGUAGUAGUGCUGUAUCGACGACGAAUUCGAGUCAGGUAUCGCUGAACGACGAGGAGAAGAUUCCCGUGGAGGAAUCGAUCGUCGACGACGAGUCCAGGAGCGACGAUCGACCGUUCGCCGUCACCGCGUCGAUCUUCCGUUCAAUCGACGAAAAGGGCGACUGCAAAGAAGAUUCGCAGAAGGACGGUGCCUUGCCGAAACACGCCCAGAAAGAAAAGGCGUUCGUUCUCCUCGAAAAGGCUCUCAAAGAGUCUCUGGAGGAGUCGAUUAAGGAAAACGAUGUACCGGCAACGGUGAACCGACAAUCCUUGGCCAAGAAAACGCCCUUUAUAUUACAGGGUAAACCGACGGUGGUGAACGAUUCAUCAGACAGUGUUGAACACCGUGACCGUCCGCAGUCAGUCACGAGACAUUUGUUCGUACCGCUCGCGACCUCCGUGCAACAACAAGAACAACAGCAACAACAAGAACAGGAACAGUCACAAUUAUCCUGUCGUCCGCAAACGGCUACAGCGAGCAUUUUCGCGCCUCGUACCGAGGAUAUGAAUAAAGGCUUUUUAACUUUCAGCGAGGAUCAGCCGGGUCUCACCAUGUUGAAAGACGAGCCGGAGGAUUUGACACAUCUCGCACCUACUGCCGGUGACGUGUGUGUACCUUUGGAGGACACUCCCUUCUUAUCAGAUAUGCUGGAUGAGUUUAUCUUCGGCAAUGAUAACUAUGGCUGUCCUCUAUUGAGUCCGGGAGACACUCUGACACCGGAGUUACGUUCCGCAGAUCUCUCAGGAUCCCUCAAAGAUGCAGAUCUCGUGGACACUACUACUAGAACCAAGAAUGCGGUCGAUCGUUUAGCCGAUAGUGAUCCCUUCAUGUACGGCGAUUCGCCUGGAAGUCCCUGUGGCAUCGAUCCGAGCACUGUGUCGCCGUCCCUCUCGAAGUAUCGACAAAGUCCUGAGCGCAGCGUGGACUCAUUAGGUAGUCCUACAGGAGGUAGUGGCGGCGAUGGACUCUCCGAGGACGAGAUGCUUAUGUUAGGUAUCAGCGAUAGUAUAGGGGAUGAAGAAUUAGCGCUCAGAGCACCCUAUAUUCCGAUGUCGGACCAAGACGAGGCGUUAGAGUUCCUCAUUAAUGAUAACAUGGUAAUGUGGAGCUCGUCGCAAUCUGCUGACAAAGGAUCCUCGAAAUGGUUACUCGACGAUCGAGAACGUAAUUCCGAAUCCAGUCUGGCACAAUUACUGCGAACUGAUCAAGCAGUAUCGCGACGAUACAAUGAUCACGGCGGAGGUUUGCUAAAUUCGACGAUAUUGGGACAAACACCUAGAAAAAACAUGCUUUUCGAAUCCGAUCGAUGGUCCUCUAAUCAGGAACGUCCUAAUAAACGCAUUCACUCCGGACUUAAUACGGACUCUGAAAACGAAUAUAAGCGUCUUAAGUGCGAGGACUCGUCAUUUGAGCGUAUAAAUCUUGAAGAUACUUUGGUGACGAAGCAACAGCGGCAGUCGAUAGCGCUUCACAAGAAGUCGCCGCCGACUUUCGGUAACACCUGUGGCAGCCAGCUUCUGCGUCGCCUCGUCUCGUCACAGAUGCCAAAUAUCGUGUCACAGGUGGCAACUUUGCCUGAUAGUAACGGCCAUAUUCGCAGUGACAACGAACGUCAUCGCGAGGACUUUUCGAAGCAGCGUGAUAGCGACCUCGAUGAUAUCAUCGAUUUUGUUGAAUCGGAAGGCGACCGCGGUGGGGGAGGAGGCGGAGGCGAAAAUCACGGUGGUAUCGGUGGCCUAGACAAGAUCGAUGCAACAAGUCGGAGAAGGAAUCCUUCCUGCGGCAGCAGUGUGCUAAUGAAUCUCCUGGUUUCCGGCUGCGACGAUCCUUUGAUGAGUUCUUGUGAUAUGUCAACUGUGUUAUCGAGUAACCUGACUCCGUUAUCCAUCAAUGUGGACAAUCAAAUAGUUCCACACUGUGCGAACACAGAUGUCAUAUCUUUGCCCGAUCAUCUCAGCCCGGACACCAGGAAGCAUUUAAUCGGGCCCUUUACCGGUGGUGGGGACGAAGGUACUCCUAUAGUCUCACCCACGACAUCUUUCGACAGCUUUGACUGGAUUCGCGAUGGAUCCACGGGCUUGCUUCAAGUGGGAUCAGAUCUACUUGGGGGACUGCUGGAUCGAAAUCUAGUGUGAUCCAGCGCGAUGCCAUUUAUGCAGACCUGCCAAAAAAUCGAUCAGGGAAAUUAGAAGCCGGAUUUGUUCAAUAUUCGCUUUUUCGUAACAAGUCUCAGAAAUUUUUUUUUUCACUCUUUUGUAACACCAUCCGAGUUGUUACUUAUUGUAAAAAUCAAAUUAUAAUUAAACUAUUAAUUUUAAUUUGUUCUUUCAACGUUACUCGAUUUCAGAGUUUGUGCAAUAUAUUAAAUAAAGAGCGGAAAAAGGAAUUACAGUGCAAUCGAAACGUUACGCAUAAAGAGAUUUUAUAUGAAUCUUGCUUCUAAUUUCUGCGUGUAAAUAGUCGGUUAAUUCCCGGUGCUUUUUAAUAAUUCGCUAAGCAUUCGAAAAUCUCAGAAAUGCGAUAAAUGCAGUUUAUAUUAAAUGUUCAAAAGAA